GUCCUGACUCGUCGGAUUAACGUCUUCAGCAAUUUGCGCUACAGGAGCUCGUCUGUUGGAUCAGACCACACGGGCCCACCUUUGCUCCCCACAUCAGUGAGCCUUGGCAGCCCAUGAACCUGUCACUGGUUCACCACUGUUCCAUCCUUAGACCACUGUUCAUAAAUACUGACCUCUGCAGACUGGUAACAGCCCACAAGAGCUGCAGUUUUGGAGAUGCUCUGACCCAGUCGUCUAGACAUCACAAUUUGGCUCUUGUCAAACUCACUCAAAUCUUUACGCUUGCCCAUUUUUCCUGCUUCUGAAACAUCACUUCUAGGACAAAAUGUACACUUGCUGCCUAAUAUAUCCCACCCACUAACAGGUGCCAUGACGAAGAGAUAAUCAGUGUUAUUCACUCACUGGUCAUAAUGUUAUAAUGUCAUAAUGUUUUGUCUGGUCGGUGUAUAUUUCUCCUUCUUAGUGGAAGGAGGUUAAACAGUUUGUGAGUGGUAUAUGAGGAGUCCUGUUAUUUAGGGCACUGUCAUUCAAGAUUCGUGAUUUGAGUUAGGGUAGAAUUAACGUUUAAAUAUAUAACUUUUAGGUUAAAACAAAUAUUACAGGUAAGAAGGACGCCACAGAGCCAAAACAUUUCUUAUAGUGGUUUCUAAUCAAUUACAAAAUGAUCAUGUAGAUAUUAAUCAUUGUGUCCACUGUGUCUAUGGUCUCACUGUCAAGUUGUUGGUUUUUUGCAGUAAGUUUUGCACAUGCGUGUUACUUUUGUUCAUUUAUGUUGUCUAGAGCAGCACCUUGGUCCUGGUUUGUACUAUACAAUAAAAGCCUUAUUGAUCUUAAUCAUAAAUGGGAUGAAUCAUGUCUGGGAUCAUGAGGGAGUUUUGCACAAUGGGUUUUGCGCAAAAACAAGCGCUCGUUACCAAAUCUAAGCGAAGCCCUGCUGUUUCCUGAACUCCAAAUGUUUCCUGGAUGUUGUUAAAGGGUUACACACUGAAUCAUCCGUGUGUUACAGCUGCGCCUCUCCUCGCUGCUUUACGGUAGUGGUGCUGAUGCGGGAUGAGUCAGGCUGUGUGAUGCCUCUGACACUGCUGCCAUUUCAUCAGCACAAUUUCCAAACAUCUCACUGGUGUCCAGAGCGUGGAGGAGAUACACACACCCCGGAAAAGCGUCAUGACUUCGUUCUUUCACUUCUUAAUUCCUGUGGCAGCUGCUCUGUUUCCUGUGCAGAUAUAAAACGACAUGGUGUGAUCUUACUGUAGAAGAUCAAUCACUGUAGUAGCUCCCUGAGAUCUUUUUUGGUCGCUGUUAAAGAGUAAGACUGAACAGGGUGUGUGUGUGUGCGCGUGUGUGUGUGCGUGCGCGCGCUUUCUAUUAACUCCAGCAUCUUACACGGACCAUGGCGUAUGUGUUUACUGAACUCUGAUGAACCCGACCAGCCUCUACAUGGAGACAAUAUGGCUUUACCAGUUUCGCUUGAUCGUCAUCGGGGACUCCACGGUUGGUAAAUCAUGUUUGAUCAGGCGCUUCACAGAGGGGAGGUUCGCCCAAGUUUCUGACCCUACAGUUGGUGUGGAUUUUUUCUCCCGCCUGGUUGAGAUUGAGCCGGGAAAACGAAUAAAGCUCCAGAUAUGGGAUACGGCAGGUCAGGAGCGCUUCAGGUCCAUUACUAGAGCGUACUACCGUAACUCAGUAGGAGGCCUGCUGCUCUUUGAUAUCACAAAUCGCCGCUCAUUUCAGAACGUGCGUGAGUGGCUAGAGGAGGCACGCAGUCAUGUGCAACCACACACCAUCGUCUUCCUUCUAGUGGGCCACAAGUGCGAUCUGGAGACACAACGUCAGGUCUCCCGGCAUGAGGCCGAGAAGUUGGCAUCGGUUUUCGGCAUGCGUUACGUGGAGACUUCGGCGUGCGAUGCCAUCAACGUGGAAAGGGCGUUCACCGAGCUCACGCGUGACAUCUUUGAGUUGGUCAAGCAUGGAGACAUCACUAUUGAAGAAGACUGGGAGGGGGUGCGGAGCGGCUUUGUUCCUAACAUGGUGCACUCAUCCGAGGAGGUAACAAAGAAUGAACGCCGGUGCUACUGCUGAGCCACCUGGAAUCCUCAUUCAGACUCAAAACGUUCAAUCUCUCAGAAUAGAAGGGCAAACUUCAAUCCUCACUUCUGACACUACUUCUUCCCUGCCUGCUGAAUGGUCCCCAAGUCUCCACCUUCUGGUUCCUCACUAGUUACUUCUCCUUAUAGCUAACCAUUUACAAGACCAACAAGACGAUGCACACUGACACACAUUUUAGCUCCUUCGGCCUCUUAAAUAAACAGAACCAUAUUCCAGCACCUUAUACAUCAAUCAAUCAAUCACCUGAAAGCCAUGACAUGUUUCCCUUGAGGGUAAACAGCCUUUAGAGACUGGGUCUUCUCUAGACAUGCAGACUUUUCCAUGAGGGAACACCCAAAAGUACAGACUUUUAAAUGUAUCGAGUUCAGAAAGCUGAAAUCACUGCUUGAGGAAAAAAAGACUGGAUUACUUACUUCUCUGGUUGAGGUAUAAAAGCGACAUAUCAGGUGACAGUGGAAUGAAAGAAACUGGUGUAUUGCAAUAUACCACAUAACACAGAGACCAGGCCUGAAUAUUUAGGUGACAAAUCAACAAUAUCAACAAAGACCUGCUGAUUUCCGUUUUCUUUUAUUUCCUUUUUUUUGGAGACAUGUUGAUAAGCAAAACCUGUACUUUUGAUAAUGUACCAAAGGGAUUUAUGUAAGCUUUAUAUUACAGGUAAGAGAAAUGGUGAAAUACCGUUAUACGCCUCCAUUUUGAAAAAUUGUGACCCUUCCUGGUGCUCAAAAUUUCACUCCUGACUACUGAACCACGUUCUAAAAGCAAUUGGUUUGCACUGUUAUAUUUUUUACAAACAGCUUUUUCAACCCCACCCCCCACUACACAAAAAACAACAAAUAUAAAUAUAUUUGCAUAUAAAUGCAGAUUCUUGCCCUCAAUAAUAAUUGAUCAGAAAUAUUUCUACCAAGCACAUCUAAUUGGACCAGACUGUAGUACACAUUGCUGCUUCGACUGAAUAAAAUCCUAUAUUUGUAACAAUAUAAUAUUGCAUGGUAUUAAUGAUCCCAAUCUCCUUAUUUACAGUAUGACGAACGGACGGAGAGCAACUGUUACGUUUUGUUUAGUGAUGUAUGUAUAUCGUGCAGCUUCUGCCACAGUACUGGAUUCAAUCCAGUCAAAUAAAUCUUUACAGCACUAACACACAUUUUGAGUUGGUAUUCGGGCGCGCUUUGUUUUUCUGAAGUAAAUGAAUCCGAGCUUCUGAAGACUGGAAUAUUAAUUAUGAGUGUACUGAGAAAUAGUUGUAAAACACUCUGUACCUCUUUAUCAGAACCUGAUGUAUUACAGAUUAAAAUACUAUGACAAAAGAAAAUGUAUUUCUUUCCCCUUCUUUAAAUAAUGAAUUCCUGAAAUGAAGUUAUGACGUCUUGAAUUGUGCUCUUUUUGUGUUUGAGCGAAUGGAAGCAUUACACAAGACAAUAUAACUUUUUGCAGAAGUACUACUUCUGAGGUCCAGGCAUGUUGAGUUUGUAACUCUGGUGUUGUUUUGAGUUUUUUUCUUAAAAUAAGAACAAUCCGAGAGAACAAUUCCUAAGUCAUAAAGGAACAAUUUUUGCCUUUAACUAGGUGACACCUUUAACAUAAAUAAACUGUCAAUUCAUUCAUUAAAAGACAUUUUUACAUGAAGCAGACAAACACCAAAGGUUUUUAUACAUGUAAAUAUGGCAUAAUGCCCUGUAUAUCAUUAAUAUAUAGUUUGGAGGUGGGUUGGUUUUGUCAGGAAUAAUUAGAAAGAUAUUUAAAGAAUUAAAUCUCUAUUACUUAUUAAAUAAGCUAUAGAUUCUUCCUUCUGUUGGACAAACCAAUAAAAUGUUUAGAUAUCUAUUAUUUAAAUCCGUUCUUCAGUAAAGUAGUCUCAUACGAUUUGUCUGAACCUUUUCAAAAUUAGUUUUAAAAUAAUCCAAAUUCUGAAACGUAAGCCGUGUAUGAAAAUCUUUGGAGAUCAUGUUUCCCCUACAGCGUUGUACCUGCAGGAUGUUAUGCACUGUGCUGCUGCAACAUGACUGGCAGUUUAGAUGAUUGUAUAAAAGAGCAGGAGUAGAGAUAUUAUUUAAAGUGGCCAAAGUGAAUAUUCAUGUUCAGGCUUUAUGCUGGGCGGAGCAAGUGUAAAUUCAGGGUAGAUCUCAGGAACAACUCAAUGCACACCAGAGCUUGGCUGAAAAUAACAAAAACAAUUUAAAAGUCAAUAAAUCAAGCUGCUGAGUUUUGGAGAGAGGGAGGAGUCUGGAGAGAGGAGGGGGUUAAUAAACACAAGACCAUUUUGUUCACUUUGUGUCUUUCCCAAAGCUUCAUUGAGAUUCGCUCGUUCAGUUUUAAUGGAUACAAUUUAACAAAUAAAUACACUUGAAAAACAAGUAAAAAGGGAGAGGAAAAAGCACAGGAUUCUGAAGAGGUAAGAGCUGUGGAGUCAACAGGGGGAGAAGAAACACAUGAGCAAGUGAAACAAGUUAAGACAGAUGGGAAGGUUAACCAGUAAACACACUUUUCAGAGUUUAAGCAAUCCACUCUUUGUAUACAGAAUCUGGCCACACAGACU